ACAUAAAAUGCUCAAGGUUAUUUUUUAAACGAUGCACCCAUAUUUACCCACAUUCCAUUCACGUGACUACUCAUAUGAUUGAACACCGAGGACGGAAGGAUUGUUAGCCUAGCUCUAGCAUCUCCCUGAACAGCGGCUCGUCACGAGGAUAGUACCUGUCAGCGGCUAGAUUAAGUCACAAGAUAAAAAAUCAAAAUGAAGGCGAAAUUCUUCGGAGCGGUGAUUCUCUGUGUGUUUGUGUGUAGUGCUGAUCAGAUGACAACUGCAGCACAAGAGACAACAAAAGCAACCUCUGAACCCACAACAGAACCAUCAACAUCUAAUGUAACAACAGUGGGUCCAUCCAAUGUAACAACAGAGAAAACAACAGUUGGGCCAUCUAACGUCACAACAGAACAAACAACAGCUGGACCAUCUAACGUCACGACUGAGGGUCCCACCACUGCACCCAUAACAGUGGCUCCAACAACUGCUCCACUCCCUGACGCGUCUAGAUACGAAGUCAUAGAGAACUCUAAAGCCUGUCUCAUCAUGGCAGGAGGCUUCCAGCUAGAAGUGACUUAUACAACCAAGGAUAAUAAAAAUGUUAGUACAAGCAUGGAUGUUCCAAAGAGCAGUGAUGUCACAGUCAACGGAACAUGUGCCAGUGGAAAUGACACAGAAUCCAGUCUCACCAUCACACCAAAAAAUGGAGAUAUUAAAUCCUUAAAGUUUAAUUUCAAAAUCAUGGAUGGCAAAGCUAGCAUUGAGUCUUGGAUGGCAGAUGUAAAAAUCUCAGAUGCCAUGGAACCUGAGUUUAAUCACACAGUGAAUAAAACAGUGGACUUAGCAUCUCCUAAACUAUAUUACAAGUGUGAAAAAAGAGGAAACUUCUCAGACAAUAUUUUAGCCCUCGAGUACAAGGAUUUAAAAGUACAGGCCUUUAAUGUGGAGGAUGGGAAGUUUUCAGAAACUGGAUAUGACUGCCCAGCUGAUGCUCCUGAUGAGCCAGCUCCUGGGAAACCCCCAGUUAAAACAUACACUGCAACUGAAGGAAACAAGAACUGUGUUGUAUUCAAGGGAAGCAUCCAGUUCCACAUUCCUUAUGUUUCAACAAAUGGGAAUACAACAGCAUUGAUUUCUGUUCCACAAGAAACCAAUACUACUGGUGAUUGCAACAUGACUAUGAAUGGCUUAUACACUCAGAAGUUGUCAAUCAACUUUUAUGAAACCUGGACUUUAAACUUGUACUUCUCAUCCGACAAGAAGCAAAACACAGAUCUAUUAACAGCUGAUGCAGGUGUGGCUAACUACGACAUCUCGCAGAUUGAACUGACUUACGACUACAACAACAACCUCUUUUCAGAUGUUGAUGACAGUGGUGAGUUUAUCACUGAAUGA